GUGAAGACAGAGGAACAGAUUGAAGCAGAACAGGCAUGGUAUGGAUCAGAGAAAGUCUGGCUUAUGCAUAAAGAUGGUUUUUCCAUAGGUAAUGUAGUUAAAACAAAGGCUGGCUCAUUGCCAGAGGGAAAGGUGCAAAUCAUGCUGGAACAUGAUAGAACAAUCCUGGAUGUGGAUGAAGAUGACAUUGAAAAGGCUAACCCUCCAUCAUACAAUCGUUCGGAGGACCUGGCUUCACUUCUCUAUCUGAAUGAAUCUAGUGUGAUGCACUGCCUAAGGCAGCGUUACGGAGGCUACCUUUUACAUUCCUACGCUGGACACAACAUCGUGGUUAUUAACCCUCUCAGCACACCCUCCAUGUACUCUGAGAAAGUGAUGCACAUGUUCAAAGGAUAUCGGCGGGAGGACUGUGCUCCUCAUAUCUAUGCUGUAGCUCAGUCAGCUUACCGCAAUCUACUCACCACCCGACAGGAUCAGUCUAUUGUGCUGCUAGGCAGGUCUGGCAGUGGAAAAACCACUAACUGUCAGCACCUGGUCCAGUACCUCGUCACCAUUGCUGGUAGCACUGGAAAAAUAUUUUCUGCUGAGAAGUGGCACGCUGUGUACACCAUAUUGGAAGCUUUUGGCAACAGCCCCUCUGCUAUGAACACAAAUGCCAGCCGUUUUUCUCAUAUAGUGUCUUUGGACUUUGACCAGGCUGGGCAAGUGGCUUCCGCCUCCAUCCAGACAAUGUUGCUUGAGAAAAUAAGAGUGAGCAGACGACCUGAAGAGGAAUCCACCUUUAAUGUGUUCUACUACAUGAUGGCUGGAGCUGACAACAGUCAGAGAACAGAGCUUCACUUUAACCAGUUUUCUGAAAAUAGUGCUUUUGGGAUUUUUCCAAACACAAAGCUGGAAGACAAGCAACGGGCCUCACAGCAGUUCACGAAGCUUCAAGCUGCAAUGAAGGUGUUGGGUAUUUCUAUGGGGCGCAGGCAGUUUGCUCAUCAUGAAUGGGCUCAAAAAGCUUCCUACCUUCUGGGUUGCACCCUGGAGGAGCUGUCCUCUUUGAUCUUUAAGCAUCACGCCAGAGGGCUACAGCACUCCACCUCAUUCAGAGGAGCGCCAGAUAAUGCUGGCCAAGAUGAAAACUCAGGGUUGAAGUUCUCGGCUCAAGAGUGUUUGGAGGCGAUGGCCUCUGGACUUUACUCAGAGGUUUUCACUUGUGUUAUCUCCCUCAUCAACAGGGCUUUAAAAUCCAGUCAGCACUCUGUUUGCUCCCUUCUGAUUGUGGACACACCUGGCUUCCAGAACCCCCGCUUAGCUCAGCUGCAACGGGGAGCCACAUUUGAGGAGCUCUGCCACAACUAUACCCAGGAGAGGUUGCAUGCAUUGUUCCAUGAAUGUACCUUUGCCCAGGAGCUGGAAAGAUACAGAGAGGUGCGUCCUCUGACCAGGACGGGGGAGGCUCGAGGCCUUUUGUGGCUGAUGGAGGAGGAGGCCGUUCAGGCCGGGGGUUCAGAGGAAAAUAUGCUAGAGAAAUUUUUUGGUUACUAUGGAUCCGCUCAAAGAGAAAAUAAACGGGCCAAUCACCUGUUGCAAGGAGCAAAGCCCUAUCUAUUCCUUUUGGGCCACAGCCAUGGGACUGACUGGGUGGAGUACAGUGCUCGGGGCUGGCUGAAUUAUGCCAAGAGCAAUCCUGCUGCCCAGAAUGCUCUCACAUUGCUGCAGAGCUCUCAGAAAAGGAACAUUAAUGGACUGUUCAUGAGCCGGUCCAGUGGGGCCACUGUGUUAUCGGGCUCUGUUGCAGGUCUUGAGGGCACCUCUCAGCUUGCCCUGCGGCGAGCAACUAGCAUGAGAAAAACCUUCACUACAGGCAUGGCUGCAGUCAAGAAGAAGAGUCUCUGUAUCCAAGUCAAACUUCAAGUGGAUGCAAUGAUUGACAUGGUGCAUCGCUCCAAGGUUCACUUCGUCCUCUGCCUGUUGCCUAGAGCAGAGACAGUAGGAGGAAGUGAUUUGCGUGCAGCAAAUGGAGAUGGGCCUGAUUCAGGCCUCAUGACUUUGGACGUGGGUUUACUUAGAGCUCAACUUCGAGGAUCAAAGCUGCUUGAUGCUCUGCGUAUCUACAGACAGGGGUAUCCAGAACACAUGAUUUUUUCAGAGUUCCGCAGGCGUUUUGAUGUCCUUGCACCACAUCUGAGCAAGAAAAAUGGCUGUCAGAAUAUAGUUACAGAUGAGAAGAAGGCAGUGAAGAAGUUGCUGGAGUCUUUAGAGCUGGAAGAAAGCUGCUUCCAGAUGGGGUUAAGUAAGGUCUUUUUCAGAGCUGGAAUUUUAUCAAGGCUUGAAGAGCAGCGGGAUGUCCAGACCCGGAGAAACAUCUCUCUGUUUCAGGCUGCCUGCAGAGGCUUUCUGGGCAGACAGACAUUCAAGAAAAGGAAGAUUCAAGAUCUUGCCAUCCGCUGCAUCCAGAAGAAUAUAAAGAAAAACUGUUGUGUCAAGGAUUGGCCAUGGUGGAAGCUCUUCAUCAUUGUCAGACCCCUGAUAGAAGUGCAACUCACAGAAGAACAGAUCCGUGGGAAAAAUGAGGAAAUCCAGUACCUGAAACAAAAGCUUGAGAAGACUGAAAAAGAGAGAAAUGAGCUGAGGCAUAAUGGAGACCGUCUUGAAAGCAGGAUCACAGAGCUAUCAUCUGAGCUGGCUGAUGAAAGAAACACUGGGGAGUCAGCCUCCCAGCUACUGGAGGCUGAGACUUCUGAGCGACUUCGUCUGGAAAAAGAUAUGAAGGGCCUGCAGGGCAAAUUUGAUAGCAUGAAGAAACAGUUGGAGUCCAUGGAGAUGGAGGUUAUGGAGGCCCGACUCAUCAGAACCUCUGAGCUCAACAGAGAAAUGGAUGGCGAUGACACAGGAGGAGAGUGGAGACUGAAGUAUGAACAAGCCAUCAGGGAGAAUGAUUUUAUGAAGAAGAGACUGCAGCAGGAGUUUGAUGAUAAGUUAGAGAUGGAGCAACAGAAUAAACGGCAGUUCGAGAGGAGGAUUAGUGACUUACUGGCAGAUAAUGAGGAAUCUCAACGUAACAUCCAUCACAUGAAGAAAAAAAACCAGCGACUGACCGCUGAAUUGCAGGACACCAAACUUCACCUGGAGGGACAACAAAGCCGCAACCAUGACCUAGAAAAAAAACAAAGGAAGUUUGACAGUGAUCUGAGUGAUGCCCAGGAGGAGGUGCUGAGGGAGAAAAGCCUAAAAGACAAACUCAUUCGAGAAAAAGACCUGCUGAGCACAGAGAUCUUCAGCAUCCGGCAGCAGCUUGAGAUACGAAAGCAGCUUCGUGACGUGGAAGCCAAGGUCAAGGACCAAGAAGAAGAGCUGGAUGAACAGGCUGGCACAAUCCAGAUGUUGGAGCAGGUAAAAAUGAACACUGCAGACUUUCGAGCAGAGCAUACCAAACUUCGACUGGAAAUGGAAAUGGAACGUUUGCGUCAAACCCACUCAAAGGAGAUUGAGAGCAAAGAUGAUGAGGUGGACGAAAUCAGACAGUCCUGUAACAAGAAGCUGAAGCACAUGGAGGUCCAGCUUGAAGAAGAGUAUGAUGAAAAGCAAAAGGUGCUGAAAGAGAAGAGAGACCUUGAGUCAAAGCUACUGUCAGCACAAAACAAGGUGAGAAGUAGUGACGUAGAGACUGAGAAGCGAUUAAGGAAGGAUCUAAAGAGAACCAAGGCUCUCUUUGCUGAUGCCCAGAUCAUGUUGGAUCACAUUAAGAACAAUGCCCCCAGCAAGAGAGAAAUCGCUCAACUCAAAAAUCAGCUAGAGGAGUCUGAGUUAACCUGUGCUGCUGCAGUGAAAGCUCGGAAGUCCAUGGAAGUGGAGAUUGAAGAUCUGCAUGUUCAAAUGGAGGAGAUAUCUAAAGCAAAACAGGCGCUGGAGGAGCAGCUGAGUCGACUACUAAGAGAGAAAAAUGACCUGCAGUCCUUGAUGGAGGAGGACCAGGAAGACCUGAAUGACCUGAUGAAAAAACACAAAGCUGCUGUUUCCCAGUUGGCCCACGACAUGGCUCAAAUCAGUGAUCUACAAGGCCAGCUAGAGGAGACCGUCAAAGAGAAGCAGGAGUUUCAAGAAAAGAUGCAAACCCUUCAGAGCCAACUGGAGUUCCAGGAACAGUCCAUGGUUGAAAAAUCCCUUGUCAAUCGUCAGGAAACCAAAAUCCGCGAACUGGAGACAAAACUGGACUUUGAAAAGACACAGGUCAAACGCUUGGAGAGCCUUGUAUCUCGUCUAAAGGGGAAUUUAGAGAAGCUGAUGGAGGAACGAGACCAGCGGCUCAACAGUGAGAAUCGUGAGAAGGAACAAAACAAACGUUUGCAGAGACAGAUCCGAGAAGUCAAAGAAACAUUGGCAGAAUUGGCCAAAAAAGAAGCCGAGACAAGCCGCAAAAGACACGAAUUAGAAAUGGACAUUGAAAGCUUGGAGUCAGCUAAUCAGAGCCUGCAGGCAGAUCUGAAGCUGACAUUCAAAAGGAUAGGUGACCUCCAAGCAGCCAUUGAGGAUGAGAUGGAAAGUGACGAUAAUGAACUUCUAAUCAAUAGGUAA